UGACGUCAGUAGGCGGAAGGAAAUCACCCCUUCAGUAGAAACAUGGCAGCCUACAGGUGCCUUCGCUGCGCUUGGUUACUUCUUGUAUUUAUUUCUACGUGGUACGUGGUAGUAAGCAGUGAAGAAACCACGCAGGGUCACGAUCGUGUCAGUGUGGCUGAUAAUCCACAGACAGCCGCCGACACGGCGAAACAGCCGUUAGAGGAGAGACGGUGGGAAGCAACCCAGGUUGACAAAGCAGUUCCCGAUGAUGCUGCAGCAGCAGCCCACAAACAGGACUUUCCUGUCCCAGAUUCGGUCCUGACACCAACUCCGCAGCUUAACGACGAAUUUAAGGAGGAGCUUGUCAUCAGACCGCUUCACUCAGGAGAUAUUUAUGCUAGCUUCCAGUUCCGCACCGUGUGGGAAACAGACUUCACCAGAGGAAGCAAAGUGUCCCACUACAGGCUUUUCCCCAAGUCCUUGGGUCAGGUCAUCUCCAAGUUCUCAGUGCAAGAGCUGCACAUCUCCUUCACACAGGGCUACUGGAGGACCAUGCAGUGGGGGCAGCCCUAUCACCCGUCCCCUCCUGGAGCUGAGCUCUGGGUUUGGUUCCAGGACACUGUGACUGAUGUGGAUGCCACAUGGAAGGAGCUGACUAAUGUUUUGUCAGGCAUCUUCUGUGCAUCACUAAACUUCAUUGACUCCACCAACACUGUUCAGCCCAGCGCCUCCUUCAAACCCCUGGGAAUUGCAAACGGUACAGACCAUCGCUUCCUUCGCUAUGCCACCCUCCCACGAGAAAUAGUCUGCACUGAAAAUUUGACACCCUGGAAAAAACUGUUGCCCUGUGGAUCCAAGGCAGGUCUCGCUGUGCUGUUAAAGUCCGAGAAACUCUUCCACAGCAGUUUUCAUUCCCAGGCUGUGCAUAUAAGACCAGUUUGUCAGGACCAGCAGUGCAAAACUAUGUCCUUGGAGCUGAGGCAGACGCUGAAUGUGGUGUUCGACCUUCACACCUCUGGACAGGGCAAACGAGAGUGGUCGUUGUUUAAGAUGUUCUCUCGGACCCUGACAGACGCCUGCCCACUGGCGGCCUCCAGUAAAAUAUACAUCGACAUCACAGACAACCCUCAGGAGGAGCAGUUUGAGCUCAGUCCAGCUACUCCACUGCUGAGCCAGGCGGUGGUGCUGGGGGACAGACGGACCUUUUCUGUCUACGACCUGACCCAACAAGUCACCUUUGGGACUGUGCGCUCCCUUAAUGUGCUGAUUCGCUGGAAAUCCAAAGAGGGUGACAUGCUUCGGCCCUUGCUCCAUGCUGAGCGUUACGUGGCCGGAUACGGGCUGCAGACCGGAGAGAUCCACACCUUAAUGUACAACAACCACCCCUUCAGGUCUUUUCCUGUGCUGCUUCUGGACUCUGUGCCUUGGUAUCUGCGUCUCUACAUCCACACACUGACCGUCACCAGCAAGGGAAAGGACAACAAGCCCAGUUAUAUCCACUAUGAGCCAUCUAAGGACCGAGUGCGGCCCCACCUGCUGGAGAUGCUGGUCCAGCUUCCUCCACACUCCGUCACUGAGAUUACAGUGCAGUUCGAGAGGGCUCUGCUCAAAUGGACCGAGUACACACCUGAUCCCAACCACGGAUUCUACGUCGGCUCUUCAGUUAUCAGUGCUCUUGUGCCAAGUACUGUAGCCAUGAAUACAAACAUCACUGAGGAGCAACCUCUGUUCAGCACUUUUUUUCCUUGCAAAGAAGAGUCCAGCUACUUCGUGCGCGUCUACACAGAGCCUCUGUUGGUCAACCUGCCAACUCCAGACUUUAGCAUGCCUUACAAUGUCAUCUGUUUAACGUGUACUGUUGUGGCCGUGGGUUAUGGCUCCCUUUACAACUUGCUGACCCGAAGCUUCCAGAUAGAAGAACCCAACCCAGGACUGGCCAAGCGGAUAGCCAACAUUAUCCGCAAGAUGAGGGGUGUACCGCCUCUCUGAGGCAGUAUCAGAGGGGCCCAUUAGCUUGUUACAGAAGUGGGCCCUUCACAAAAUAGAGAAAAACCCAAAAGCGCUAACAUUCAGGGAAGAAAUCGAGCACUGGUAUGAAUGUACAUAAAAAGGACAACUUGAAGUUUUAUUGGGAUUUUUUUGUUAUUGUUUUUUAAAUGUAAGAGAGUGGAAAAUGUGCUCUUGAUAACUGUAAAGGUGUUUUGUUAAUGUUUAAAACAUGAACAUUAUUACAUUAUAUUGUUGCUGUUAACAUAGUUCUGAGUUUUUACCCUUUAGCUUUGGUUGUGUUUCUGACCUGCUGUUUGAUAUCUCCAUGCCAGGAGAGAUAAGACAAAAUGACACGUUAAGUCACAGUGUCUUUUGUCAGUGUGACAUUUUUUUCCUUUUGGCAACUCUCAGCUUGGACGAUGAAAUUUGGUUUCCCAUAGCCAAACAUCAUGUUUCCAAACACCUGUUCCAAACACUAAGAAGCUUUUAACAACAAUCUUUCUGUGGGUAUUUUCAUCCUCCACGUAUUUUUGUUCCCUCCCUUAAAUGAAUUGGUUCAUCCAACUAAUUUAAAAUCAGACAGACAUAUCUUGACUAAAUACAAAAAACAGUUUUUAAAUGAUUAAUUUAUUAAGGUAAAAAGCUAUUCAAACCAUACUGAUUCUGUGAAAAAGUAAUUGCCCCUUUGUUAAAACAGGAAUUAACUGUAAUGAACCACAUUUUUUUUAAAUGUUCAAGUAGGAUUCACUUGUCACCCACAGGCCUGAUUACUAGCAGGCCUGUAGAAUCAAGAAAUCAGACAGAUAGAACCUCCAUGACAACAUGAAGUAGGCUAAAAGACAUCAAAAGCAACACAAAAUGUCCUGAUCUAAAAACAAAACUCAAGAACUCAAGAGAAACAAAUCUAAUCAGUCUUAAUGGGGCUACGAAGCUGUUUUCUAAGCAAACCUCAGUGAGAUUAUUAGUCAUUAUCUGAGAGUAAUUGAAGAGUAAAUCGACUCAUCCAGAAGACAGAAAAAACCCUAGAAAAACGGCUUCACUUUGCCUACGUUCAGAUCAGUAUUCAGAAUUCAACGAAACGAAAGAGACUGGGCAAAAAUUCCAAGGCAAAAUCCACCGAUCAUAAAGAACACAAAACCCUGUCUAUUUGCCAAAGAUAACAUCCUAUUACAUUGGUGGUAAACUAACAGCAUAUCAUUAUAAGAAGAUCAUAGCUCCAAUAAAAGGUGGUAGUAGUGUGAUGAUCUAGGAUUGCUUUCCUGAUUCAGGUCCAGGGUGAUUUUCUACAAUUUAACAGAACAUGACUUCUGGUCUCUAUCAGAAAAUCCUGAAGGAGAUGAUCCAGCCAUUAAUCAAGGCCGGGUUAUCCAGCAAUAAAAUGAUCCGAAGUAUAUGGGUUAGUCCACCUCCGAAUGGUACAAAAAGGAAGGUUUUCAUGUACUAUGACCUCAAACAACCUGUUCAUGUUUGAAAACCCUCUAGUGUGGCUGAAUUGAAAUAAUUCUACACAAUACGGUCAACUAAAACUCUUCUACAGUGAUGUAAAAGACCCAUUGCCAGUUAUUGUAAAUGCUUGUUUGAGGUUGUUGGUGCCAAGGGGGGCACCACUAUUUAUUAGGUUUGUGGGAAACUUUUUCACGUAAGACCAGGCUGGUUUGGUUAGAUUAUUUUACCCUUAAUAAAUGCAAUCAUCAUUUGAAAAUAGCAUUUUUUAUUUAUUCUGGUCAUCUUCAUCUAAAAUUAGUUUGAUGCUUGAAACAUUUAAGUAUGAGUAGAAAAAACUGAAAACUGGAGGCAAAUGCUUUUUUUAUAGCACUGUGUUUAAUCAGUUUAAAAUAUUUUUAUCUUUUUGAACUUACCUAUGCUCCCAUUUAUCAUGCUUUUAACCAAUUAAUAUUAAUAAACAGAGGUGACUGAGCAGAA